AUGGCACGAAGCGGUGGCGGCUCUUUCCUCCGCUCCGAGGAGAGGACGUGGAGAGAGCGCCUCGCCGCAACGCGCUGCCCGCCCCGAGAUCUUCGUCGGGUUCAGCGAGAUCUAAAUGUUGCUGUUGCUGAAUUUACUGAGCUGAAGCAGCAGCUGGAGCGAGACACGCUGGUUCUGAGCGUUCUGAAAAAGCUGCAGGAGUUUGAUACAGCUAUUAAAGAGUACAAUACUGCACUGCUGGAAAAGAAGUAUGUUGCAGCAGCUCAACAACUGGAAAAGGCACGAGGCAGCCUGAAAGCGCUGGAAUCCCGCAAGGGCUUUGAGCUGAAGAUCCUGAAAGCGCUAGGCACGGAGCUCACGGUGCAGACCCAGAACAUGCUCUAUCAUCUAGGGGAAGAAUGGCAGAAGUUGGCUGUGUGGAAGCUUCCUCCUGCAAAAGAAAGCAGCAGCCUGGAGUCAGCGAUGCAUUCCGAACUGCACUUGCGCACAGUGCCUUCAAAAGAGGAGGACGUUGCUGGCCCGCCUGUCGCUUCUGUGCUGCAGGCGUUUGCUGUCCUAGGAGAACUGCACAGCAAGCUUAAGAUUUUUGGCCAGUUGUUGCUGAAAUACAUUCUCAAGCCGCUGAUUUCAUACCCGUCUCUUCAGCCAUUCACAGAGGAACAGUCAGAUGCGUUCAUCCUGCGUUUUAAGUCCGAGGAGCCUAACUUGGAUCAUUCCUCUCCUAUGGAGGUUUUUGAGAAGAUCAAGCUUAUUUUUGAAGUUCUCCACCAAUAUCUGCUGAAUGUGCCUCUUGAGCAGCCUGUGGAAGAUAAAAAGGAGCGCGGAGUUACGCUCGCAGGACUGCUAGGCGAUAUGAUAUGGGAAGAGUUAUCGGACUGCCUCAUUCAGAACUGUCUGGUGAAUUCAAUCCCAACCAAUAGCAGCAAGCUAGAGCAGUAUAUAGAGGUGAUUAAAUCCACAGAGGAAUUCGAAAAAGCCUUGAAGAACAUGCAGUUUUUGAAAGGAGACACGACUGAUUUACUGAAAUAUGCCCGGAAUGUCAAUUCCCACUUUGCUAACAAGAAGUGCCAGGACGUGAUCGUGGCAGCCAGAAACCUGAUGACCUCGGAAAUACACAACACCGUACAGAUCACACCCGAUUCCUGCGUAGCCCUACCAAGGCUUCCUGAUCCUGGGGCAGGAGAUCACUUAAAAACGCAAAAAACUUCCAAACUUCUGCAUAAGGACAUGGUGAAUUUGGAGAACGAGACCAAACUGAGCCAGUACACGUUUUCUCUGCCCACAUGCCGCAUCAGUUCAUCGGUGGAGAAACUGAUGGAGCUGGCUUAUCAGACACUGUUGGAGGCUACAGCCAGCACCGAUCAGUGCUGUAUACAGCUCUUCUACUCUGUACGGAACAUAUUCCAGCUGUUCUAUGAUGUAGUACCAACAUACCACAAGGAGAACCUUCAGAAAUUACCCCAGCUGGCAGCCAUUCACCACAACAACUGCAUGUACAUUGCCCACCACUUGCUGACCCUGGGACACCAGUUCCGAUACCGCCUGACCAACAUCCUGUGCGAUGGAGCAGCUACUUUUGUAGAUCUGGUACCUGGUUUUAGGAGACUUGGGAUGGAGUGUUUUCUGGCCCAGAUGCGAGUGCAGAAAGGAGAAAUCCUGGAGAGGCUGUCAAGCGCCAGGAAUUUUUCUAAUAUGGACGAUGAGGAAAAUUACUGUGCCGCAAACAAAGCGAUAAGGCAGGUACUGCAUCAGUUGAAAAGACUGGGAAAAGUCUGGCAAGAUGUCCUUCCGGUGAACGUGUACUGCAAGGCUAUGGGGACUUUACUGAACACAGCUCUCUCGGAGAUCGUCGCUAGGAUUGCUGCCCUCGAGGAUAUCUCUGCCGAAGACGCAGAUAGGUUGUACUCCCUCUGCAGGACUAUGGUGGAGGAAGGACCCCAGGUUUUCACCCCGCUACCUGAAGAUGACAGAAAUAAGAAAUACCAAGAGGAAGUCCCAGUCUACGUGCAGAAAUGGAUGAUGUUCAAAGAGCUGAUGAUCAUCUUGCAAGCCAACCUCCAAGAAAUAGUCGAUCAGUGGGCGGAUGGGAAGGGGCCUCUCGCAGCUGAAUUCUCCGCAGCUGAAGUGAAGAGUCUGAUCCGAGCCUUGUUCCAGAACACAGAAAGGAGAGCAGCGGCACUGGCCAAAAUUAAGUAA